AUGUCACCCUUCACAACUUUGCUUGGUGUUGUCGGCCUAGGCGCCUUGGCACUUGGCCAGGUUACCGUCGACACCACCUCCAAGCUGCAGAGAAUCGACGGAUUUGGCUUCUCUCAAGCUUUUGGGCGUGCCAAGGAGUUCCAGAACGCACCCACGGCCCUCCAGAAAGAGGCUCUUGACCUGCUUUUCAGCCCUACCAAAGGUGCUGGGUUCAGUAUCAUCCGCAAUCGCAUUGGUUCCGGCGGCAAAGGAGACAGCAUUCUUCCCACGAACCCUGGAUCGCCUACAGGCAAGCCGACUUAUACUUGGGACAACGACGACAGCGGUCAGGUCUGGUUCACGAAGCAGGCCGUCAGCUAUGGGGUGAAUCAAAUCUACGCUGACGCUUGGAGUGCUCCUGGAUUUAUGAAGACGAGUGGUAACGAAGCGACAGCGGGAUACUUAUGCGGCACAACCGGUCAUACCUGCUCCUCUGGGGGUUGGCGACAAGCCUACGCCGACUUCCUCGUGCAGUAUGUCAAGUACUACCAGCAAGCCGGACUCAACAUUACCCACCUAGGCUUCCUUAAUGAGCCCGACUUUUCCCCUGGAUACUCCCAGAUGCAAAUCAGCUUCAAUGCCCAGGAGGCCAUCUCUUUCAUCCCCACUCUGUCCAAAGCCGUUCAAUCUGCCGGUCUCAAGACUGCAGUCACUUGCUGUGAUGCUGUUGGCUGGGGCUCAACCGUCAAAUACACCAACGCUCUCGUUGCCGCCGGUAUGGAAUCUCACUUGGGCCUGAUCACCUCGCACACCUACUCAGGCGACGCCAACACCGCUCUUAAUACUAAGCUGUCUUCCUGGGUCACCGAGUCUGGCAUCACGACAGCCUUUGAUCUGACCUGGUACAAGAAUGGAGGCGCCACCGAGGGCAUGACCUGGGCCAACAAGAUUGCCGUUGGUAUCAUCAAUGCCAAUCUCUCUGCCUACCUCUAUUGGGAGGGCUUUGAACUCAAGCAGCUACAGUCUGAUUCCCACCUUGUUGAUACUCAGGAUGGAAAGACCGCGACGCCGUCCGCCAACUUUUGGGCAUUCGCCAUGUGGUCCCGGUACAUCCGCCCCGGCGCGCAGAGAUUGCAAACGUCGGGCAUGGUGGCAUCCGACGUCUUGACCGCAGCAGUCAAAAACAAGGAUGGGUCUAUUGUGGUCAUUUUCACGAACAAUGACAGCGCUGCUAAGUCUGCCAGCGUCUCAUUCAAGGGGUUCACUCCCAAGUCUGCGAGCGCGUGGGUUACUGACAACAGCCACAAGUUCGCUUCCACGGCGUCCACUAUCACGGGCUCGGAGGUAUCCGUCUCUGUGCCUUCUAAGGGUGUCGUCACCGUUAAGUUAAUCUGACGGAGUCGCGGAGAUGAUACCAUAAGCACGUCAUGAUCCAGCAACAUGCCAGAUCUCUGGCCAUUACGUGUGCACUGUUUAUUAUCCUAGGUAGAAUUGUGAUGAAACAAUGAUAUGUAGCUAUCGUCUCUUCUUUGAGAAUAGACCCCCAUUCUCUAGAUUCUCGCCUAAUGUGCGCCGGUCCCCGUCUUAUCAUGUCAGAAAGUCGCGGGCGAGCUCGACGCUGCUCUCGUGCACUGGAUUGUGCUCGGUGGAACCUGUUCAACUGUCAACGUAUGUAUCUAGACAUUGUUCUUCUCUAAACUUGAUGUUAAGAACCGAUGUGAGUUGUCAUAAUUAUUGAGUAUUUAAGCGAAUCCACUGGCU